GUGUAAUUAGCAAUAAAUAUUAAAUCCAAAAUCCAGUACCCUCUUUCCCUUUCUAGUUUUGCUUCUCUGUUUCUGUAUCGUAAUUCUUUCAGAGUUUCAGUGUUUCACUCAGCCGUUUGCCAUAAAUAUCUCUCUUUGAUCCAUUCAUCCAUCAAUCCAUCAAGUUGCUAUUCGUGUUCCCAUUCAUUUGAUUCGAUCUUUUUGUAGUCAAUCUGAUACCUAGUUGGGUGGAUAAACUUGAUCUGGGUUUCGCAUUCCCAGCCACAUCAAUGUCAUCAUCAGCUAGCUCGGGAAAUCAUAGCUAUCAAAUCCCGCGAUCCAUUCUGGAUCGGACCCAAUCCGGGAAUCCGGACCCAGAUGCCCAUCGGUUCGGCAAUCAGACGGGAAUCAAGUCGUUGGCGGUUUGCAGCCCUAGCAAUGCUAAGUGUCCGCAUUUGCCUAUGCUCCGAUCGAAAUUUGUGCCCAACCCGUUCCAGAAUCUACGGGCGUGUCUGAGGGUGAGGCCUCUGGGGAGGGCGUCCAUCCGCCGCGAGCCGACGAAUGAGGUCGUCAGAUGCGGAGCGUGCGGGCUGGCUGGGCCGCGGCUCUACGCUUGCGUCACUUGCGCCGCUGUGUUCUGCCAUCUGCACGCGCCGCCGCACGCGGCGGAGUCGUCUCACCACGUCUCUGUUGACGUCGAUCGCGCUGAGCUCUUCUGCUGCUCGUGCCGGGACCAGGUGUAUGAUUUGGAUUUUGACGCGGCUGUGGUCCUAGCGCAAACGGAGGCCGCCAUGAUCGGAUCCACCCACCAGCAGCCGCCGCCGCCACAGGAGAGCUUAAGAAAGCGGCGGCGCGUUGAUUACAAACCCUGGUCGCCCGAUCUGAAAGAGCAAGUCCUGAUUGUAGAAAACUCGAUGCCGUUAUCGACUCAAACCGGAAACGGAAACGAAUCCGAGUCACCAGACCGUCCCUGGGGAUUGAGAGGCCUGAACAAUCUAGGCAAUACGUGCUUUAUGAACUCUGUAUUGCAAGCAUUGAUGCACACACCACCACUGAGGAACUAUUUUCUGAGUGAUAAGCAUAACAGAUAUUUUUGCCAGCAGAAAAAUAGGAGUAUCACCACAAGAUCGAAAGAAGAUAGUAAUAAAAAUGUGAAACUGUGUUUAGCUUGUGAUUUGGAUGCGAUGUUCUCUGCUGUUUUUUCUGGGGAGCAAGCUCCAUAUAGCCCUGCAAAGUUCUUGUACAGCUGGUGGCAGCAUGCAAAUAACCUUGCAAGUUAUGAACAGCAGGAUGCCCAUGAAUUUUUCAUUUCCAUGCUUGAUGCACUUCAUGAGAGGUUGCAGAAUGACAAGUGCAAGCCUCAGAAUUCAGGCAGUGGAAACUGUUGUAUUGCUCACAAAGUGUUCUCUGGAAUCUUACGGUCUGAUGUCAUGUGUACAGCUUGUGGCUUCACUUCUACAACAUAUGAUCCAUGUGUUGACAUCUCAUUGGAUUUGGAACCAAACCAAGGGACUUCUGGGAAGAUGACGUCCACAAAAUCUCAUCACUCAAACUAUAGACAAGCAGACUUAGUGAAUUCUAGCAAUAGUGGAAUUUCUACAUUGGUGGGAUGUUUAGACCGUUUUACAAGACCUGAGAAAUUAGGUUCUGACCAAAAAUUUUUCUGCCAACAGUGUCAAGUUAGUCAGGAGUCUCUUAAACAGAUGUCCAUAAGAAAACUGCCCUUGGUAUCCUGUUUCCAUAUCAAAAGAUUUGAGCACUCCCAUAUUCGGAAAAUGUCCAGAAAGAUUGACCGCUAUCUGCAGUUUCCUUUUUCCUUGGACAUGGCACCUUAUCUCUCUUCCUCUAUAUUAAGGAACCGGUUUGGAAACAGACUUUUCUCCUUUGACGGGGACGAAGAAGAUGCUUCCAGUGAAUUGUCAUCAGAGUUUGAAUUGUUUGCUGUCAUCACACAUAAUGGUAAACUUGAUGCUGGCCAUUAUGUGACUUAUUUGAGGUUAAGUAAUCAAUGGUACAAAUGUGAUGAUGCAUGGAUUACGCAGGUAAGUGAAAGUAUAGUGAGAGCCGCACAGGGAUAUAUGAUGUUCUAUGUGCAGAAAAUGCUUUACUACAAGGCAAGUGAAAAACAAGAGGUCUAGCACAAGACAUGCAGGAGCAGAGAAUUUUGCGAUAAUGCACCCCUGCACUGGAUAAAACUGAAAUCACUGUUGGCGCGUAACAGAGGAGUGCUUAUCAAAGCCGAGUCCUGUGAAAUCGUUAGCUUUGGGCACGACCACAUAUGGUGAAAGACUAAAGCUUUUCUUUCUGUUUCUUGGCAGUAUCGGAUGGUGAUGGCUUAUUCUCGGCUGGAGUCCAAUGCAAAACCUGAAUUUUCAAGGUCAAACUCCCUAACCUCUGGGAAAUUUUGAUGAGAAGAGCUGAAGAAAUACUGAUUCCUUGCAUAGAAACAAUGCAGGGAACUUGAUUUGAUUCCUUUUUAAUUCAUUUGUCACCCCCCAACAUUUAAAAAGAGGGGGGAAAAUACAAAAAGGAAAAGGGUAACACCUGAAAGAAACCCUUCUAGUUCCUCCCUCAUGCAUUCAUUCAUACAUGGCUGACUAAAGAUAUACUUUUUAGUUGCAUUGUUGGUUUUCUCCCCAUCAUGAAAUCAGGAUUCAGUGUGCUUGCUGGGACUUGUGGUGUUGAAUUUGAUGAGCCACCUAACCCAAAAUUUGUUUUUAAUGGCACUCCAAUUUCAGAUUUCUGUGCUGAUCUCUUUGGUGAAUGAAAAAUUAACCAUUGUGCACCACAUGAUGAGAUUGCUUA